AUGACUGCUGCACUUAGGAACGUCAUUGUCGUUGGUGGCUCAUAUGUCGGCCUUAACACCGCCCGAGAGCUUAUGAGCAUCUUGCCACAGACGCAUCGUGUUCUCCUGAUCGAGCCUCAUACCCAUUUCAAUCACAUAUUCACAUUCCCUCGCUUUGCCAUUCUCUCAGGGCAUGAACACAAAGCAUUUGUUCCGUACACUGGCAUUUUCCCAUCCUCUUCUCGUCACAGGCAUGUCGCUGCUCGUGCAACAGAGGUCCACCCCAACCAUGUCCAGAUCGACAGCAGAUGGGAAGGCUCACAGAAUAUUCCGUUCGACCACCUCGUCCUCGCCACUGGCACACACUUAUCUGCGCCGUCGAUGAUGCCGCACAACGACUCCACAUCUUCAAUUGACUAUCUCCAGUCUUACCAGACGCAGCUUCGAAAUUCUCGUGCGGUCACCAUUAUCGGAGGCGGGGCGGUAGGAGUGCAAAUGGCUCUCGAUCUCAAGGAGCUGUAUCCCGAGAAAGAAGUCACGGUCGUCCAUUCACGAGAUCGUCUCAUGCAGAAUUUCCACCCUAAGCUCCAUGAAAUCAUCAGCGACGCAUUUCAGGAGAAGGGGAUAAAUCUCAGCACAAGUACGCGCGCGAAAAUUCCUGCGAACGGAGCAUUCCCCAAUAACGGACAACUGUUCGAGGUCGAAUUCACGAAUGGCCAGCAGCCCAUCUCGGCAGACUUCGUCAUUCCGGCGACAGGGCAGAAACCAAACAACCACCUUGUAUCAAGUCUCCCGUCAUCAACAACGGACAGCCUUGUGAACCCGGCGAAUGGUUUCUUGCGAAUCCGGAAGACUCUUCAGCUCCAAGAUCCCGCGUACGAUCAUAUCUUCGCCGUUGGCGACAUCGCAGAUACUGGUCUUCAUAAGGCCGCGAGACCUGGUGGCGCACAAGCAAAGGCCGUGGCCAAGAAUGUGCUGAGCAUGAUCGAAGGACAACAGCCAGAAGCGCAAUUCGAGCACAGCGUGCGAGCAAUACAUUUGAGUUUGGGCUUGAAACGCAACAUCAUAUUCCGCAAUCCGAAUGAGGCGGAAGGGCAAACAGAGCCGGUGGUCAUGGAGAAAUAUGAUGGUCGAGAAGAUAUGGGAGUCGAAGGAAUGUGGGAUAGGUUGAAUGUUUCUCUUGCUCAAUUACAAACACCGAAGACGAGAUGGGAGGUGUCCACAAAGUCAGACCUACAAGACGAUGACCUGCGACCUCCGGCAUACGGCGACUCAUACGGCGAACUCCGCGGCGAGAAAGAUGGCCUCGGAACUACAGCCUAUACUACCGAGGACGGUCGUGUCAAUAUCCGCAUCAAUCAACUGAACAGACGUCUAUCGCAAGUCUUCAUUCCUGCUCUACGUCAAGAGGAACAGAACACGCAAGAUACCACCCCACCUUCUCCACCCUACAUACCCGAGUCUUUGGGAGGCCAUGAUGGAGUACCUCCUCCACCAUUGAAUAUCGUCAUUCAUAUUGUCGGCUCGCGUGGAGACGUACAGCCCUUCGUUGCACUUGGGAAAGUGUUGAAGAACACAUACGGUCACCGCGUUCGCCUGGCGACUCACCCUGUUUUCAAAGAAUUCGUGCUGGAACACGGGCUUGAGUUCUUCAGCAUUGGAGGUGAUCCAUCACGGCUUAUGGCAUUCAUGGUCAAGAACCCCAGCCUUAUGCCGAGCUUUCGCAGUGUCGUGGAUGGAGACAUCAAGCAGCAGAGGAAGAUUGUCAGCCAAUAUACCCAAGGAUGCUGGCGAUCAUGUUACGAGGCAGGUGACGGGAUGGCAGAUACCCUCGCGGGUGGCGACAAUUCCACUGGCUCCCAACACGGCCGUCACGAGACUUCAGCCAGACCAUUCGUUGCAGACUGCAUCAUUGCCAACCCUCCGAGCUUUGCUCAUGUUCAUUGCGCCGAAAAACUGGGUUGCCCUUUCCACAUAAUGUUCACCAUGCCAUAUUCCGCUACUCAAGGCUUUCCCCAUCCUUUGGCCAACAUUCAAUCCAACGCCGAUCCUCACUUGACCAACUACAUGAGCUAUGCGAUGAUGGAACUUCUGUCAUGGCAGGGCCUGGGCGACAUUAUUAAUCGGUUUCGAGCAAAGUGCCUAGGACUGGACCCAAUAAGUCGCAUGUGGGCUCCUGGAAUGCUGCAGCGGCUGAAAGUCCCACACACAUACUGCUGGUCGCCAGCACUUAUUAACAAGCCAAAAGAUUGGGGUCCACACAUCAAUAUUGCUGGCUUCUAUUUGCUGGAAUCGGGCAGCUACGAUCCACCUUCCGAUCUCACGGAAUUCCUCGCAGCUGGACCUACUCCAAUAUACAUAGGCUUCGGAAGCAUUGUGUUGGAGGAUCCCGCUGCCAUGACCAAGCUGGUACUAGAGGCUGCAGAAUUAACAGGUCAACGUGUUCUACUCUCCCGAGGAUGGGGCGAUUUAGGAGGGAACGACAUUCCGGAUAACAUCUUUUUACUUGGCAACGUACCGCAUGACUGGCUGUUCAAACAUGUAUCGUGUGUCGUCCACCACGGCGGCGCAGGGACUACGGCCGCGGGCAUUAGUGCGGGUUGUCCGACUGUUGUCGUGCCAUUCUUCGGCGAUCAACCAUUUUGGGGUUCAAUGAUUGCGCGCGCAGGCGCUGGUCCUGAUCCAAUUCCAUUCAAGCUACUCACAGUAGCCAAGCUUGCCCAUGCUAUCGAAACAUGUUUGAGGCCGGAAAGCCUGAAUCGUGCCAAAGAGCUUGCACAGAAAAUCGCUUCAGAGAACGGAGUUCAUACUGGAGCACAAUAUUUUCAUCAGUUCCUUGAAGUUGACCGUCUUCGAUGCACUCUAAUCCCAUCUCGGGUAGCCGCGUGGCGCAUAAGGCGUACCAAAGUCAGGCUUAGUACUUUGGCAGCCUGCACUCUGGUGAACGCAAAUCUUCUGGAACCCAAGGACUUGAAGCUGUUGAGAGCACAAGAGUAUGAGACUGACAGAGGUGCCACGGAUCCAAUCUCUGGUUCAUUUUUUGCAGCUUGUGGGGCAUUCAGCAGUAUGGCGAUGGGUCUCGCGGAUGUUCCAUCCGAGACAGCAAAAGCACUAAAAAUGCCUUUCAGGGCCACUCGGCAGACUCCUGAUCUUGAGACUGAUACAACUGACCGAGCCACAACAACGCAAACCUCAAAUAAUAGGUCAGAUUCUGCGUCCCUCAAAUCGCGUAACCAUGAGUUUAGCUCCCAGUCCGAGUGUUCUAGACGCCAUGCCAGCAACAUUCAAGUAGUAGAACCGUCGAACGACCGAGACAUGUUGCGUCAAAGCUUUCCGCAUUCCAGUAAAGGUGCUGGGCGUUUUGCUAAAGCCCUUGUGCAAUCGCCCAUGGAUCUCUCAAUGACCAUCACAAGAGGUUUCCAUAACAUGCCAAAGCUCUGGAAUGAUGAUACCGUGCGCCCCUCCACAAAAGUCGCGGACUUUUCGUCCGGUGCUCGAGCAGCAGGGAAGAACUUCGGGCUCGGUUGGUACGAUGGAGUCACAGGCUUGGUUACCCACCCGUGGAGAGGCGCACAGACGAAUGGAGCUGUUGGCUUUGUCAAAGGAAUUGGCAAAGGCAUAGGAGGAUUCGUUGCCAAGUCGGGCGCGGGCAGCGUGGGAAUACUGGGUUAUACGAUGAAAGGUCUGCACAGAGAAGUGCAACUUCUGUUCGCGAGCAAUGUCGACAGUCAUAUUGCUGCUUCGAGAACAGCUCAGGGCUACGAGGAGUGGCUGCAGUGCUCUGAGGCUGAGAAACGGGAUGUCAUCGACAAAUGGAAGUUGAUGCAGAAGUAUCUGAAGCGUAAAGGCCAUCACGAAGAGAUGAUUCGAGACCUCUUAGCUGGUCGUGCAAAGAAUGACAACCAGGAUGGGGUAAGUGAACCAACUGUGACUUUUGCAAGGGCGGAGAGCAACGAGACCACGAGCCAAAUUUCCGAGACGUCGUCGCUCACAGCAAGCACUCCGAGGACUUCUGAAAAUUCGCUUCGAGAAAAUGGCUCACCUGAAGACGGGCACCGGUGCAACAGUCACAUGUCGUUUACUGAUGCACCGGGCGAUGCGUACCUGCAACAAGCAUUUCAUCGGCCCGCAGCCCAGUCCCUUGCUCAAGACCAAGCAGCCUCCAACCAGAAGUACAUUCGCCAGGAGCGGGACUCGGACGAUGAAGCUGCAGCGAUAGACCGCUACAUCGAGGAUUUGGUAGAAAGAUCGGAAGGCCCAAGCAGGGCAAGACAGGCCGCAGAUUCGUACUCGUCACAACAUUCAGGUCGUAGUGCAGUGUCCAGUCGUCGUGGUUGCAGGGAAUAACAGACAACGUACCAGCCGGAUAUGAAGACAGCAGAAGAGAAGACAGAAGAAGAAAUCGUGCUGAAAUAUGUCAAGAAGCAAAGCCUUCUG